AUGGCCGACAAUGAAGAUGGCGACGUCACAAGCAAUGCGCCGGCAAAGAGAACCGACGCCAAAGAGCUAAGCAACUCAGACCUCCAAUACGUCCAAUACGAGCCCUCGAAAGAAGAGCAAUACCUCCCCGCCAUCCGCCAACUAAUCUCCAAAGACCUUUCCGAGCCUUACAGCAUCUAUGUAUACCGGUAUUUCUUGUACCAAUGGGGUGACCUGUGCUAUAUGGCCCUCUCCUCCACUAACACUCUAAUCGGCGUAAUCACAUGCAAACUCGAACCGCACCGCAGCGGCACCUACCGCGGCUACAUCGCCAUGCUCGCGACCCAAGAAGAAUACCGCGGCCGAGGCAUAGCCACGCAACUUGUCCGACUGGCCAUUGAUGCCAUGACCGCGCGCGACGCCGACGAGAUAGUUCUAGAGACCGAGGUGUCGAAUACUGCGAGCUUGAAAUUGUACGAGAGAUUGGGAUUUAUCAGGAGCAAACGGUUGCAUAGAUACUACUUGAAUGGCAACGCGGCGUUUAGGUUGAUACUCUACUUGAAGGAGGGAACUGCGCUCAAGAGACCCGAACAUGCUGGGCAUGGCGAGAUGGGUGGCAUGUCGGAUAUGAGGAGGAUGGACGAUGCAGAGCUUUACUCUUGA